AUGUGGACCCCUGUGCUGUUGCUGCUGCUGCAGACUGUCUAUGUGUUCGGCUGUGGGACUCCAGCUGUGAGACCCAACACCAACCGAGUCGUGAAUGGAGAGGACGCCGUGCCCCACAGCUGGCCCUGGCAGAUCUCGCUGCAGGUGAAGCACGGCAGCCGCUAUCAUCACACAUGUGGUGGGACUCUGAUCGCUCCUCGCUGGGUCCUCACUGCGGGACACUGCAUCUGGCCUGGAGAUGUGUACCGCGUGGUCCUGGGGGAACAUGACAUGACCGCUGCAGAAGGAACAGAACAGACCAGAGAUAUCCUCCGUAUCGUGGUGCAUCCAGACUGGGACAUCAACUAUGUGUCCAGAGGAAAUGACCUGGCUCUGCUGAAGCUGGACAAGAGCCCCAUCAUGACAGACAGUGUGAGUCCGGCUUGUGUCCCAGAAGAGGGCGAGAUCCUGCCCCAUGGGUCGCCCUGCUUCAUCUCCGGCUGGGGAAACCUCUACACUCAUGGGCCGAUGCCGGAGCGCCUGCAGCAAGCCCUGCUCCCGGUGGUGGAACACAGCGUCUGUAGCCGCAGCGACUGGUGGGGGAUCAACGCCAAGACCUCCAUGGUCUGCGCCGGAGGAGACGCCAAGUCUGGGUGUAAUGGAGACUCAGGAGGCCCUCUGAACUGUGUGGGAGCCGAUGGGAGGUGGUACGUUCAGGGAGUCACCAGUUUUGUAUCGUCCACCACCUGCAACGAGCUGAAGAAGCCCACAGUCUUCACUAGGACCUCAGCGUUCACAAACUGGCUGCAAGAGGUCAUGAUGAAGUAUUGA